GUGACCGUCUUCUUAUCAAGGGCGGUAGAAUUGUCAACGAUGAUCAGUCCUUUUAUGCUGAUAUUUACAUGGAAGAUGGCUUAAUAAAGCAAAUUGGAGACAAUCUGAUUGUCCCUGGAGGAGUGAAGACCAUCGAGGCCAAUGGGAAGAUGGUGAUCCCUGGAGGCAUCGAUGUCCACACUCACUUCCAGAUGCCAUACAAGGGAAUGACCACAGUGGAUGACUUCUUCCAAGGGACAAGGGCUGCCUUAGCUGGGGGCACCACCAUGAUCAUUGACCACGUGGUGCCCGAGCCCGAGGCCAGCCUGACAGAGGCUUAUGAGAAGUGGCGAGAGUGGGCAGAUGGGAAGAGCUGUUGCGACUAUGCCUUGCAUGUGGACAUCACCCACUGGAACGACAGCGUCAAGCAGGAGGUGCAGAACCUCAUCAAGGACAAAGGGGUUAACUCCUUCAUGGUUUACAUGGCCUAUAAGGAUUUGUAUCAAGUGUCCAACACAGAGCUCUACGAGAUCUUCACCUGUCUGGGUGAGCUGGGAGCCAUUGCGCAGGUUCAUGCCGAGAAUGGGGAUAUCAUUGCCCAGGAGCAAACCCGGAUGUUGGAAAUGGGGAUCACUGGCCCCGAAGGCCAUGUGCUGAGCAGACCAGAGGAGCUGGAAGCCGAGGCUGUGUUCCGUGCCAUCACCAUUGCGAGCCAAACCAACUGUCCACUUUACGUCACGAAGGUCAUGAGCAAGAGUGCGGCGGACCUGAUCUCGCAAGCCAGGAAAAAAGGAAACGUGGUCUUUGGUGAGCCCAUCACUGCCAGCCUCGGCACAGAUGGGACCCAUUACUGGAGCAAGAACUGGGCUAAGGCAGCCGCCUUUGUGACAUCCCCGCCUCUGAGCCCUGACCCGACCACUCCUGACUACAUCAACUCCUUGCUGGCCAGUGGAGACCUGCAGCUCUCUGGGAGUGCCCACUGCACUUUCAGCACCGCCCAGAAGGCGAUUGGGAAGGACAACUUCACAGCCAUCCCUGAGGGCACCAAUGGGGUGGAAGAGCGGAUGUCUGUCAUCUGGGACAAGGCAGUGGCCACCGGGAAAAUGGAUGAAAACCAGUUCGUGGCUGUGACAAGCACCAAUGCCGCCAAGAUCUUCAACCUGUAUCCCCGCAAGGGGAGAAUAUCUGUGGGUUCUGACAGCGACCUGGUGAUCUGGGACCCGGACGCGGUGAAGAUCGUCUCCGCCAAGAGCCACCAGUCGGCUGCAGAGUAUAACAUCUUUGAAGGGCUGGAGCUGCGAGGGGCCCCUCUGGUGGUCAUCUGCCAGGGCAAGAUCAUGCUGGAAGAUGGCAACCUGCACGUGACCCAGGGGGCUGGCCGCUUCAUCCCCUGCAGCCCGUUCUCUGACUAUGUCUACAAGCGCAUUAAAGCCCGGAGGAAGGUGAGAAGCUGGCUGAGCCUGGGGGUGGGGAAAGGGGACUGUGUCCCAUUCAGGCACAGGGACAGUAACCACGAGAUCCGGAGGGGUCCGUGUGCCUCGAGCCUCCCAAAGAAAUUCACAGCAAUGAUCUCUUCCCAAGAGACACUUGCACAGAUUUCAUGUACUAUAAAAAGAGGGUUUCUAAAACAUUUUUGGCCCAAGAAACCUUUUUUUUCCCAAUAACU